UGCUAAUCCUGUUUGUCGAUUGUCUCAGAAAGCAUUUCCUGCGGAAGAGGUCUCCGGAAAUGAAAUAUAUUUGCCACGGUUGAUUCUGCUGAAAUAUUUACAGGAACUAUUUACCAUGUUGUGAGAUUUUUGCGAUAAUAAUGGCUGGGAUUCGAUACAUUAUUAUUGCUGGCGCAGGAUUUCUAGGAGGAAUAUUGUACCGAGACAAGGCCGGGCAUACAUUAUCCGCUGCAAGAUCUCUAUCUCCGGCAAACGUAGAUGUUCCUGCUGCAAUGGACAUUGAUGAAAGAGGUGAUCAUGUUAUUGAAACUAUGAAAUUCGGUUUUCCAAGUUAUGAAAGCAUUCGCUCUCGAAAAAGUUAUGUGAUAUCUUAUGACCGAAGAAAUAGAGUACCAAACUGGGUAUUGGAAAGACUUACUCCUAAUCACAUAGCUUACAAUGAAAAUGUUUCUAGAUCAAAAACAGAAUUUUUUGAAGACGACUCGAUUCACCCUUAUUUUCGUUCCACAAAUAGUGAUUACAGAGGAAGUGGCUAUGAUCGAGGACAUCUUGCUGCUGCUGGCAACCAUAGGAGUUUUCAAGAGUUCUUAGAUGAUACUUUUGUCUUAAGCAACAUUGCCCCUCAAGUUGGAAAAGGCUUUAACAGGGACAUUUGGAACAAGCUUGAAAAAUAUGUACGUGGUCUUGUGAAAAAAUAUAGACAAGUUUAUGUUUGUUCUGGACCCUUGUACUUACCAAGGAAUGAAGCAGAUGGAAAGAAAUAUGUUAAAUAUGAAGUCAUAGGAGCCAACAAUGUUGCAGUGCCUACACAUUUUUUCAAAAUAAUUUUAUGUGAAACGGAAAGUAAUGAAUAUGAUUUAGAAGCAUAUGUUUUGCCUAAUACUGUGAUAGAUGAAAAUGUGCCACUGAAAGCAUUUCUGGUUCCUCGAGAUUCUAUUGAACGAGCGGCUGGCUUUUUAUUGUUUGAAAAGUUGCCCUUAACUUCACUUCGUAAUGUUAAUGGACUUCCUGCCCUAAAGAAAUAAUUGUUGUUAUAGCAGAUAUUUCCUCCUCAAUAAUUACAUAACUAAUUAUUCCCUGGUGCUCUUUGCCUAAAGUGGCAAUAACUUUUUAUAUCUAAGUUCCGGUUUUUGAGGCUUUAAAUCCAGUUUAUGAUUUUAGUUACUGAUUAUGUGCCUUAAAGAUACUGUUUUUUGAAAAAAAAUUUGCCUAUGCAAGUAUUCAAUUUCAGAGCCUUUAACAUUGUGCUUACCAUGCAUACUCAUUUACAAGCUGACUUAUGUAUAAGUCAACUCCAAACUCAUCAAACAAAAUUUAGGAAAACAACUUUUGUGUUUGAUGCAGAUCAUAUUUUUUAAAAAAUAUUUUUUUUUUUAAAGUAGGAUUUUAAGACCAGGAGUUUUAAUUUACUCCAGUCUCUAUUAGAGUACACAGAGGGUGUUUGACCGGCCGAUAUGAAUUCCCUAUCCCUUCAGCCACAAGUUCUCUGUUUUACCAAUAGGAUUACCACUGCCCAAUGUGUCCUAGACAAAGUGAGAAAAAUGUUAUCUCAAUAAAGGCAGCAACAUAGAAUCAAAUGUGGAUGUUUUUAAAAUUGAGAUGGAAAUCAUGCAUACCAUUGCGUUAUUUAUGCUGAACAGUUUUCUUUGUUCAAGAUUUACAGAAUUUUUUGUGCCAAUAGUGAUUGAGUGUUUUAUUUUCACACAGGAGCAUAACAUACAUUUGAAAACUUACUGAAUGUACAAGAAGUUAAAUGCUAAAGCAUAAAAAAUAUUAGUUGAUAAAAAGGUAAACCGAUUGCUAAUUCAAAGUACCAAAAUGUGCAAGCAAAGGUUCUGGGUUACUUUGAUCCUCUUCGUUUUGCACCAAUAAAGUGGCUGUAUGGAAAUAAAAAUUAAAACUUAAAAAAAAAAAAAACUUUUAGUGCACUAUGGAAAUUUGCUUCCCAUAUUUUAGCACAAAAAUUUCAGAAUUUAUACAAACACAUAACUUGUGCUGCAUUUGAGUGAAUAAUAUUUUCUUAUCUCAAGAUUUUACAGUGUGGAUUUCAGAGAAAUCUAUCUCAUUUUCUUUUUAUUCAUGUGUGUUAGCAAUUAGUUGUGGUGUGUUAUAGUUUUGAAUAGUUGUCUAGUCAGCAUAUUGUUGUGAUUUAGAAUGAGUUAUUAUUUGUUACUUGUUAAGUUCUUAUAUAGAUCUUGAUUACCAAAAGAAUCAAGUUUCAAAAUCAUGUUUGAGGAAUAUUGUAAUGAAAUUUUUUACACUGUAAUGUACUGUAAAGCCUCAAUUGUUAUUCUACUCUCUAUUGUUAUCAGAUAUUAGUUUAAAAAUCAAAUAAUUAAUUAUUUUUCUAAUUUUGAUUAGAAUGAAAAUAAAUCGUGAUCUUGUAAUUUAAUUAGAGAUAAGUUGAUGAAUAUGUUUCAAGUCUUAGCAAUGUGUAAUAAAUAUCACACGGAAGUUGGGGCAAACCUAAUUUGGCGGCAUUGUGAAGCCUAUGCAGAGCUUAAUCACAGCAUUAUGACUCUGUCUGGUCAGGUUCACCCCAACUAUAGAUCAUUUUACAUUUAUUUGUAUUGUUUUAUUUAUUUUAUGCAUGAAUGUGGGCAUGUAAUUUGUCAAUU